AUGGCGACGCAAAGGAGACUAUUUUCGACAUUCCGAUGUCUGCAACAUGAUAAUCCGCUGGGCCUCCCACGCUCCGGCACCCCGCCCUCAUUCCCCCGUCGCCGCGGUCUCCCGGAGAAGCGCAAGAUACGCGAUGUGAAAAAGGUCAUUGCCGUGUCCUCUGCGAAGGGUGGUGUAGGGAAAUCAACAAUUGCGGUGAACCUAGCUCUCGCCUUCGCGCGCCGCGGCAUACGCACCGGGAUUCUUGACACAGAUAUCUUUGGCCCUUCCAUUCCAACACUACUGAAUCUCUCGGGGGAGCCGAGACUUGAUGAACACGACCGCCUUAUUCCACUAACAAACUACGGCCUCAAAUCCAUGUCAAUGGGCUAUCUCCUCCCUCCCCCCCCAUCUCUUACCCCAGAAACACCACAACAUCACUCGCGAGUCCCAAUGGACACGACUCCGAUAUCCUGGCGUGGAUUGAUGGUCACAAAAGCCAUGCAGCAGCUUCUGCACUCCGUUUCCUGGGGUCCCCUUGACGUGUUAUUUCUGGACCUCCCACCCGGCACGGGAGACGUGCAAUUAACAAUCGGUCAGGAGAUCAUCCUCGACGGCGCCGUGAUUGUCACCACACCACAGGACAUCGCGCUCCGCGAUGCUGUGAGAGGAUUCGGCAUGUUCCAGCGCAUGAAUGUCCCCGUGCUCGGCAUGGUGAGGAACAUGGCGUUCUUUGCGUGCCCGGAGUGUGGGACCAAGACGAAGAUCUUCUCGGCGGGGUUGCAUCAUCAUGGUCCUGGUGAUCAAGGCGGCGAAGGGGACUGGGGUGUUCUUGCAGAGUGUAAGCGGCUUGGAGUCGAGUUUCUGGGUGAUAUCCCGCUUGAUGCACGGGUUUGCGAGGAUGCGGAUCGCGGAAUGCCGACUGUUGUUUCGGAGGAGGGGGAUCGGAGUGCGAGGAGGGAGGCGUUUAUGGGUGUUGCGGAGAAGGUCGCGAAGAAGGUUGGGGUUGAGUGGUAG